AUUUUUUCACUCUCUUUCUUCUUAGUAUCACGCCCAACUUUUGCUCGAGGCGGGAGUUGUCUCUGUAAAAUCUCAUUACUUUUUCCCUCCCGAUCUCCGGAUUCUCCAAAUUAGGAUUUCCUUCUUCACUCUAAAUAAUCAUCUUCUAGGGUUUAAUCAAUCCUUCAAAUUACUCAAAUUCAUUUAGGGUUUGUCAAGGGGGGUCUUGAUUUUGUUCUAAUUGUAAUGAUAAACCUUAAAUGGGAGUAUUCUUUCUUAGGGUUUCGUUCAGAUUGAAGAUUCAAACACGAAUUUCUGAAGAUUUGUCACCAUGGGUGCCUUAACUAUCAAUAACCGUAAGCGUGGUAACGAUUAUCUCAACUUAAAUUCUGCCGUAAAUUCUUUUCAAUCUCCAAUUUCUCCAAGUUCUGUUAUUGAUUUUCAAGUAUUGAAAAAACCUAGGUUUUCAUCUAUGCAAAUUACUAGUUCAGAGACCUCUCUUGUUGUUGUUGAAACUAAAACAAAUAUAGCUUCUAGAGUUCGUAGAUAUCCCGAACCUAGUAAGCGUUUCGGUAGAGCAGUACAUGCCCCUGUUCGUAAACCUAGGGUUUUAUCAUCAUUGUCGUGGAGUAUAGGUAGAGAUACUGAAAUGGGGAAUUUUUUGAGUCACUUAGAAGAGGCGAAGAGAAAAGUGUGGGGUUCGGGUAAGAAGAAGAAGGAGGAGAGGGAGGUGGAUAUAGUUAAGGAUGAUUUGAAUGUUGAUGAAGUAGAGGUAAUAGAGGAUGGAGUUGUUCAAGUAGUAGAUGGAAGGUCAGUGAUUUCUGAACAGAAACAACAACCUAUUGAAACUAGUGGACAUAAAUAUUUGUUUGAGAAAUAUGAAGAAUUCGCUAAUAAUCCUGUUGGGUCGUCUUCGAUGGUGUCGGAUGUGAGCAAUCAGGAACCAAAAGUUGAUGAGACUGGUAAAAUGUUGGAAGCUUUGUAUGUGGAUCGAGAUUCGGAAUAUGCGGGCGUGCCUGUGCACAAAACGCUUUACAAAUCAGCAGAGAAAAGGAAUGCUAAGUUGGAAUCUUUGGGAUUUCAAAUUGAUUUAGCGAACAAAAGAUUAUCAGGUUUCCCAAGACCUUCAAAGAAAACUGAAGAGGAUGUAGUUGAAGGACUUUUUACACCUCUUACAGAUGAGGAGGAUAGGGAAGUUGAUGCUGCCUUUUCAUCAUUAAAAAGGCGGAAAGUUCUGGUGGCACAUGAGAAUUCUAAUAUUGAGAUUACUGGGGAACUUCUACGAUGCUUGACACCAGGUGGUUGGUUGAAUGAUGAGGUCAUAAAUGUUUAUCUGGAAUUACUGAAGGAGCGGGAGAGGCGAGUACCAAAAAAGUUUCUGAAAUGCCAUUUCUUCAACACAUUCUUUUAUAAGAAGUUGGCUAGUGGGAGGACAGGAUAUGACUACAAAGCCGUCAAGAGGUGGACUACCCAAAGGAAGAUCGGAUACGGUCUUAUUGAGUGUGACAAAAUAUUUGUCCCCAUACAUCAACAAAUACACUGGUGCUUAGCAGUGAUCAAUAAGAAGGAAGAGAAGCUCCAAUAUCUUGAUUCUCUUAAAGGCGUCGAUACUGAAGUCUUGGAAAAUCUGGCUAGGUAUUUCGUGGACGAAGUAAAGGAUAAGAGUGGAAAAGAUAUUGAUGUGAGCUCUUGGACACGUGAAUAUGUUAAACAUCUUCCUGAACAACAAAAUGGGUGGGAUUGUGGAAUGUUCAUGAUUAAAUACUCCGAUUUUUACAGCAGAGGUCUUGGGCUUCGUUUUAGUCAGGAGCACAUGCCCUACUUCCGGCGUAGGACAGCCAGUGAAAUUUUGAGGUUGAAAGCUGAUUGAAAUAUGAGACAUCAGCUGACCGAAUAAUAUACGAGGCUACUCAAUAUUAAACUGUACUUGCUGCUGCAGAUAAACAAUGCAAGUAAAAUAUAAGGAUGCUGCUUCUAUUUUUGUGUUUGGCUAGCCUAUUUUUGUGGUCAAGACGAGAAUGAUAUAAUUAAUGACGCAGUAGGCUGCAUUUCGAGCUGUAUGUAAAACAAAUGAAAUGAGACCUACAUGCCACUGACAUUUAGGUUACAAGUUCUCAAUUUUGUUUGGUUUUGGAGUUAAUUAUUAGAUUUGCUGCUUAUUGCAAGCCUUUUGUAGACAACUGGGUAUUAUAAUGACAAAUUAUGCUUUGGAUUUUUCCAAGUUUCUAUA